AUGCCUGCUCCGACGGCGCCGCAGCGCGCUGCUCCAGAGGCAAUCGUAGAGUCCGAACCCCAUCCCCACAAUAUCCUUUUCCCGCCCGUCAUAAAUGAAGAAAAUAUCGAAGUGGACAUCAUAACAGCGCCCCAGCCCGAAAGCCUACCUCAGCAGACGCAAGAAGAGACAGACACGGCAAUGCAAAUCGACGAAGAAGGUCGACCUCGAUUCGCUCCUGCCUCAUCGUCCCAGACCCCCUCAGAGACGACGGCUCUACGAAUUCAAUCGCGCAAAGUGCCCGUACCACCACACCGCAUGUCCCCCCUCAAGCAAAGCUGGUCGAAGAUCUACCCACCGCUAGUCGAGCACCUGAAGCUGCAAGUGCGGAUGAACAUCAAGUCGAAGGCGGUGGAGCUGCGGACGUCGCGGUUCACGACCGACACGGGGGCGCUGCAGAAGGGCGAAGACUUCGUUCGGGCGUUCACGCUGGGGUUCGACGUCGACGAUGCCAUCGCCCUGCUGCGACUGGACGACCUGUACAUCGAGACCUUCGAGAUCAAGGACGUUAAGACUCUGCAGGGAGAGCACCUGGGUCGCGCCAUCGGCCGCAUCGCAGGCAAGGACGGCAAGACUAAGUUCGCCAUCGAAAACACCUCAAAGACCCGUGUCGUCUUGGCUGACACGAAGAUCCAUAUUCUGGGCGGCUUUCAGAACAUCCGCAUCGCCAGGGAGGCUGUGGUCAGUUUGAUCCUGGGCGCCCCGCCGGGCAAGGUGUAUGGAAAUCUGCGGACCGUUGCGUCGAGGAUGAAGGAGAGAUUUUGA